AGAAAACCAAUCAGCCACAGCUUCCAUUUUGUUUGAACUACAGAAAGAGAGAGUCUCUUGAGCCUUCUGAGCUUCACUGACGCCAUGACUGGCUCCUGGAGAGCGCGCAAUUCUCUGAUCGUCUUGGCGAUCGUCACGUUCGGCUGUCUUUUUGCAAUUUCAAUCGCAAAGGAGGAGGCCUCCAAGCUAGGAACAGUCAUUGGGAUUGAUCUUGGAACUACAUAUUCCUGUGUUGGUGUGUACAAGAAUGGUCAUGUGGAAAUUAUAGCCAAUGACCAAGGAAACCGUAUCACCCCAUCGUGGGUGGCUUUUACCGACAGUGAAAGGCUGAUCGGUGAGGCUGCUAAGAAUCAGGCAGCUGUCAACCAUGAAAGGACCGUCUUUGAUGUCAAGAGGCUUAUCGGAAGAAAGUUUUCUGACAAAGAGGUCCAGAGGGACAUGAAGCUUUUUCCUUUUAAAAUUGUUAACCAGGAUGGAAAGCCUUAUAUUCAAGUGAAGAUCAAGGAUGGUGAAACCAAGGUUUUCAGUCCUGAGGAGAUCAGUGCUAUGAUUUUGACCAAGAUGAAGGAAACAGCAGAAGCAUUCCUUGGAAAGAAAAUCAAGGAUGCUGUUGUUACUGUUCCCGCAUACUUCAAUGAUGCUCAGAGGCAGGCAACCAAGGAUGCUGGUGUCAUUGCUGGGCUCAAUGUUGCUAGGAUUAUCAAUGAACCAACCGCAGCAGCUAUUGCCUAUGGUUUGGACAAGAAGGGUGGUGAAAAGAACAUCCUUGUCUUCGACCUUGGUGGUGGUACUUUUGAUGUCAGUAUUUUGACAAUUGAUAAUGGUGUGUUUGAGGUUCUUGCCACAAACGGUGACACUCAUUUGGGAGGUGAGGACUUUGACCAGAGGAUCAUGGAGUACUUCAUCAAGUUGAUCAAGAAGAAGCAUGGAAAGGACAUCAGCAAGGACAACAGAGCCCUUGGAAAGUUGAGGAGGGAAGCUGAGCGUGCCAAGAGAGCCCUCAGUAGCCAGCACCAAGUCCGUGUUGAAAUUGAAUCACUUUUUGAUGGAACCGACUUUUCUGAGCCACUGACCAGAGCUAGAUUUGAGGAGUUGAACAACGACUUGUUCAGAAAAACUAUGGGACCAGUGAAGAAGGCCAUGGAUGAUGCUGGCUUGGAGAAGCGCCAGAUUGAUGAAAUUGUUCUUGUUGGUGGAAGUACCAGGAUUCCUAAGGUUCAACAACUCCUCAAAGAUUACUUUGAUGGCAAGGAACCAAACAAGGGUGUGAACCCUGAUGAGGCAGUUGCUUAUGGUGCUGCUGUUCAAGGAAGCAUUUUGAGUGGAGAGGGUGGUGAAGAGACCAAAGAUAUUCUUCUCUUGGAUGUUGCACCUCUUACCCUCGGUAUUGAGACUGUUGGAGGAGUGAUGACCAAGUUGAUCCCCAGAAACACCGUCAUCCCAACCAAGAAGUCCCAAGUUUUCACCACUUACCAGGAUCAGCAGACUACCGUCUCCAUUCAGGUCUUUGAGGGUGAAAGGAGUCUUACAAAGGAUUGUAGAAACCUUGGAAAGUUCGACCUUACUGGCAUUCCUCCAGCUCCAAGGGGUACUCCUCAGAUCGAAGUCACAUUCGAAGUGGAUGCCAAUGGUAUCCUCAAUGUCAAGGCUGAAGACAAGGGCACUGGUAAAUCUGAGAAGAUCACCAUUACCAACGACAAGGGUCGUCUGAGCCAGGAGGAGAUCGACCGCAUGGUUAAGGAGGCUGAGGAGUUUGCUGAGGAAGACAAGAAGGUCAAGGAGAAAAUUGACGCCCGUAACAGCCUCGAAACCUACACUUACAACAUGAAGAACCAAAUCAACGACAAGGACAAGCUUGCAGACAAGCUUGAGUCUGAUGAGAAGGAGAAGAUUGAGACAGCAGUGAAGGAGGCCCUUGAAUGGCUGGACGACAACCAGACCGCUGAGAAGGAAGACUACGAGGAGAAACUCAAGGAAGUCGAAGCCGUCUGCAAUCCCAUCAUCACAGCCGUCUACCAGAGGUCAGGAGGUGGUGAAUCAGCAUCCGAGGAUGACGAUGAUACCCAUGAUGAGCUUUAAACGGUUUUCUACUUUUACAGACCACUUGUUAGAGAGUGGGUGCGGGAAGAGAGAGUUAAGAGGGUUAUAAUAGGUUAGGCGGGUAAGGGGGAGAGGAGAGACUUCACUGUAAUUUUUCUGAUUGUAGAAAAGUUGGAGGAGACUGAAGAAUUUCUGCUCCUUUGGCUUUGGGUUUUUUGUUCAAGUGGUGGAUGAUGAUGAUACAUUACCGGUAAUGUUUUUUGUUAGCACUUGUAAUUUGUUUGCUUUGAUAAAAGAUACACUUUUCCAUAA